AUGCCUAAGAUUUAUGAAGAAGCCGGUUUAGUGUUCAAGUUUUACUCCUCCGAUCUAGAUGAGCCUCCUCAUGUUCACGUCGAAUAUAAAGAAGGCGGAACCAUGAAAGAAAAAUUGGUAAAAAAUAAUCAACCGAUAAUGUAUCCUGCUGAGAAAGUGGAAACUUAUCCUUUAAUAGUCGGAGUAGAAUGCACUAAAGAGGAAAUUACGGCCUUUUUGGAAGAUGGUCGCAAAAAAUUUAUUGCGGGAAAGGUAGACUGCCCGGCCAAUAACCCCAAUGUCAAAGGUUUAGAAAAAGAUGAAAUCAAAGCUGCUGUCAAAGAGGGUGAAACCAAACAAAAAGAAGUCAAAGAGGAAAUUAAACAAUUAGAAAGAGAAAGAAAAGAUAUCCUUGCUGGUUCAGAUGCUGACAAAGCCGAUAAGGCUAAAGAGAAAUUAGAAGCCAAGGAAGAAAAAGUAAAAGAAUUACAAGAAAUAGAAACUAACUUAUCUGAUUUGAAAGUAGUAGAAAAAGGCGGUUGGAAAGCCCAACUUCCUAAUAAACUCAGUUGGACUAAUGGACUAUGA